GGGAGGGGGAGGCGGACGCGACACGAACAUCAUGUUAAAUAAAGUGUUGUCCCGGUGCUGGGUUUGGCCAGUCUGAUUCCGAGCUCCCUCAGCAUGAGCGCGUCGACCCUCCUCAGCAUCGUGGCGACGGUGAUCACCUCCAGCCGAGCCGCCUACAACCUGGAUAACCCGUACUACAAUAGAGCACUCUUCGACCAAAUGGACGACUUCUACAUGCCAAAGAGGGAAAACUUCGCUGCAGACAGAGACCCGGAGCUUCGACAGAAGCUGAGAUUUAGAAACGAGAUAUGCUGUGGGACGUACUCCGAUAAGAACAUGAUGCGCGAAGACAAUGUAAGAAGAGAAUGUUAUGAGGAAGUGUUCAAAAGUUCCGAUUUUCUAGAUUCAUGGAAUUAUUUCGACACAGACGCAGCCAAAACUGUGGCUCAAAAAGUCGUAUGCCUACAACAAUGUAUGUGGAAGAAAAGAGGCACGAUGGACGAUCGCUAUGAUAGGUUGACGGGGAGACUAAGAGACCGGUAUAGAGAAGGCAGAGGCAGGAAGGAGCCCAACAUGAAUUUCCCUGAGGUGGCCGUUGCGAAGUGCUUGCCGUCGAGAAACCCUGACCCGGCAUCAAAUUGGUUUGGAUUCGGUAGCAGAGAUUGCAACCGAGCAUAUCUGGACUUCAGUUACUGUGUGUGGGAGGAAUUACACGCAGAUUGUCCAUCACAGCUCUGGGAUAGAGACAACAAGUGGUGUGAAGAAACUAAGGAAUAUCUUCAAGCUCGUAGACAACUAACCAAAAGAUAAACGGAGCCAAUUAAAUAAUUUUAAAUUCGCUCAACGAUGAAAGGUCGGCCGGGCUGUGCCCACACUUUUCUAACAAUCAGAAGUCUUCAGUUUUUGUUCUCAACAAAGCUGUAAUCUCUACGCCUCCAGAAGUAUUACAAUGCGAUUAUAGCUGGAAUCACCUCCAAACUAUUUUGAACUGAUGAACGGAUUAUCUGUAUUUAUUUUUAAGUUCAAUUAAAAAAUCAAUUUUACAGAA